AUCAUCUCUUCUUUAAGAUCGCAUUGAUAAUAGCUUCAAUCUUAUCUCUGUCCAACACUUCAUAAUUUGCGAUAGACUGGUCACUCCAUUUUAUUAUUCAUUCUUUCAUUCUGUUUAUUUUCAGUAACAAGCCAUGUCAAGAGCAGUGUCCAGACGAGGUCGGAUGAGACCCGAUGAUGAGCAUCGACUCCAGGUCAACCUGCUCUACGUGGAGCGGGAAGUGGACGGAGCAGACCUAGCACCUGCUCUUUUUGCGGCAAAGAUUUUGGACCUGAACGACAAGGAUGAAGUGAUGAACGGCCCCACACCACUCCUGCGCACGCGUCGUCUGAUUGGCCUUCUUAUGCAGAGAGGUGAAGCAGCGUUUGGGGAGUUCCUGCAGUGUCUGGACGACAACGGAUAUGACCACGUCGCUUUCCGUAUCAGAAACACGUCGGGAACAAGCACAGACACAAGCACUGCCAGCAACACCAACACUACUGCUAGUGCCACCAAUAAUUCUGCAUUAGACAGAGGCGUUAAGAAUAGCGCUUUGCCAAGAAGCCGUUCGUCAGCAAGUGUUUCAUCAAACGCAGAAAACACAAACAGUAACAGUAACGACGAUAUCAGCUCCAAGGCACUGGGCCGCGAUCCGCUUGUUACCAACAUAGCUGUGGGCGCAUCCGCUCCUACUGAGAUGGAGUUCAGAUCCCGGCGCUUAAUGCACACGUCUACAGGAUUCGUAACAGUUGAAGAGUCAAGGAGAAUACUGGAGGUGGGUGGAAAAUCUUCCUGUCACAGUCUUCCGGAUCUUGUUCGGAGCACAACUGUCCCCGACAACGUGUUUCUGACCUCCUCUCUGGACGGGAGAGACCUCCCCAGGACUGGGUUUGUUGCUGACCCUCUCAAUAAAGCUUUCCAGACCACAGUAGUCGAGGAAGAGCCGGAACGGCAGCCGAUUACUAGUAACCGGAGGAGAGACACAAGAGCCAGCAUGGCGUCACGAGAUGGUGAUGAUGACUCGGCAUCGGUCCAACGCAGUAAUCGUAGUAGUUUGACGGAAGAAGACAGGCGAGGCAAAUCUCUGGACGAUCGUCUAAAGAAGAUCGAAGAAUCCUGGUUUAUUCUGAGUCGUCGUGUCACCCGAGUGGAAGAUAGGUCCAAGACCUGACCCUAGAGAACGAACGCAAAGCACAGAUCAUCAACGCUUUGACAGAGGAAGUGGAGGAGAAAAAAGCACGGCUGCAAGAAGCCCAGACAAGAAUAGAGGCCCUUGAGAGGCGGAUUGAUACCCUGGAGACUCAGAAAGUUCGGUCGGAGGAGGACAUGAAGGCAUUGCGUCGUCGGAUGGAAGAGCAGGAGGAACAUUCUGCAGAACAGAGCAGUCACUUCCGCAAUGAGGCUGUGCACCUGCGCAAUCAAGUACUUGAACAGGAGAAACAGCUAAAGCUGCAAGAAGCCAAGAUGGCGGAAAUGCAUGAUGAGCAUUACAAGAGAUUUGAGGAGCAGCAGGAUGAGCUCCUCAACCAGCGGCUCCAGAUGGCCGACCAGAUGCAGCAACUGAGCAUACUGGCGCAGACUGUCCACAACAUGGCGCAGACCGGGAGCGUCGGCCAACGAGGCCCUGCCACACAACAUGGGCCAGCCUCCUCUAACCAACUGAACUUUUGUGUGAGCGGCAACACAUUAGCCUCGUCCACGACAAAUCUAGGGGCUAACGGCGUUAAUGCACACCAUACGUCUGCUCGCAGCGUCAAGCGGUCUGCACCCCCGCCCAUCUACAGGAGUUUCCGGCGGAAGUAAAGAGAGCAAACUAGCGUCAUGAGUUAUGGGCCUCACUGGGUUCCACUGAAGGUGACGAACUAUGGGUCCCCUAGGGUUUCACUUAACAAAUUAUGUGACGAAUAGUGCUGACUUCAUUGAUCAAGGUUUGCUCUUGAAUUUACGAGAAUGAAAAUGGAAUUACAAGUGAUCAAUUAAUUUAUUGUUUCUAAAAUCUCUUCAUGUCCUAUAAAUAUCCAAACAAACUGUACGGUGACAAGCCAAUCAUACAUGUCUACAUCUGUCAGUUUGUCUAUUGCUUUUCACCAAAAGAGAAUCUAUUACUACGAGUUCAUUAUUUUUUGAGAAUGCAAAUGUGCAAGAAAUGCAUUUGCAUGUCUGUACAUUAUGUAUAUAUUUUUAUGUUUAUUUGCACCUUGACAUUGCUUCGUUUGAUGGCUAUUAAACUGAUUUAGCACAGAAAAGUUAAAUAAUAACUUAGUCUUAAAUUUGUUCUGUGUUGUGUGACAGUAUCAUGGAUCUUAUUCUUGAUUUUCAAGCUUUAAAGUCCGUGAAAUUUGUGUAUCCCUGGUUUGUGGUUUUCCAUAGGGGCUUUUUGCUCAUAUCUUUCCAACAACGUGGAUUCCUCUAAGCACUAUAUGUCUGUGUCAGAUUAUACGAUAAGAUAAUAUAACAUAACGUUUUAUCGAUCCUUACAAAAA